UCCAUUUACUACUCUUUCCACUCCAAUUUCUUUUCAAGAUUUUUGGUUCUCUUCCCUCACAAAUUAAAUUCUAGAAGAGUGCAAGAAGCAAAAAGAGUACUCACACUUAUACUUCACUUCAAAAUCUGAACUUCCCGGCUUCACGACCAACCGUCCGAUCUGCCUCCAAAUCAAUAGCUCAGAUUUUCCCCUAAAUUAAAAACUCACAAAGUUGAAUCUUGAUCUUCCCUUCCCUCUCUUUUCAAUUUUCUUUCUACUUUUAGCUGCAGCCCAGGUUUAUAUUUCAUCAAUUCUUUCACUAUCUGAUAAAAUUUUCAAACUUUCUUGAAAUUUGAGCAGUUUCUUGAACUGGGCCAGUGAAAAUCCAUCCGGGUAUGUUUGAAUAGCGAGAAAAUUAUAGAAUGCCAGUGUCAACCAGGUCCCAGAACAACAGCCAUGAACAAAGUGGCACAGACCCAGAUCAAAGAACCAGAAGUAGAUCAGUUCAAGAAGAUUCCCAUAAUAAUGUUCCACUGAGAAAUCCACAUCAUGGGUUGAAAGAAAAGAUGAAGGCUUUAACUCUAUUAUAUGAACAGCAAAAGAGAGCUUCUUUGGCUUAUAGGAACCAAUCUCCUAAACCUGAAGAGAAGCGAUUCUUGACACACCCAAGUGCGGAUCUUGUUAGUUCUUGCAACAAAAGAGAGAAUGAUUUUAAAGAAAGUAAAGAGAGUUCAGAGCAAGAUAAUGUAAUGAGGGAGAAUAUAGUGCCGGCAGUCACUACAUUGCCUAAUGCAAAGCCUAAUUCUAUAGUCACAAGAACUUUUGUAUUACCACAACCACCUAGUGAUGAUGCUAAGGAGAAUUUUGUGAUGGGUCCAGAUCGUGUUAUUGGGUUCUCUACAGGUUUAAGAAAGGCCAGUGUUUCAAAUACGGUUGCAAGGAAGCUUUCAAUGGGAAGUUCAGUGCCACAAGCAGAACCAAGAGGGUUUCUUGGGAACAAAAAUUUGCAGGAAGUGGAAAAAUUGGAGGCUGUUUCAGGGAAAAAUGAUGAUGGUGGCAGUCGAAUUUCGGUAUUUGUGAGACUUAGGCCAAUGUCCAAGAAGGAAAGAGAGGCGGGUAUGCGAUGCUGUGUGAGGAUUGUGAAUAGAAAAGAUGUUUACUUGACCGAGUUUGCUCAUGAGAAUGAUUAUCUUAGGUUGAAGAGGCUUCGCGGACGGCAUUUUACCUUUGAUUCUUCGUUCCCCGAUUCUACUUCUCAACAGGAAGUUUACUCUACCACGACAGCAGAGCUUGUGGAAGCAGUUUUACAAGGGAGGAAUGGGUCAGUAUUCUGCUAUGGUGCCACAGGUGCUGGGAAAACAUAUACAAUGCUUGGGACAAUGGAGAAUCCUGGAGUGAUGGUUUUGGCAAUUAAGGAUCUUUUUACCAAGAUUAGACAGAGAAGUUGUGAUGGCAACCAUGUGGUUCAUCUUUCUUAUCUUGAGGUUUAUAACGAAACUGUAAGAGAUUUGCUCUCUCCUGGAAGACCGCUGGUGCUUAGAGAAGAUAAGCAGGGAAUUAUAGCAGCAGGUCUUACUCAGUACAGAGCUUAUUCUACAGAUGAAGUAAUGGCAUUGCUUCAAAGAGGAAAUCAAAAUCGAACAACUGAACCUACUCGUGCCAAUGAAACCUCUUCAAGAUCACAUGCUAUUCUUCAGGUUAUUGUUGAAUACCGUGUAAAGGAUGCUUCCAUGAAUAUCGUCAAUAGAGUUGGGAAACUGUCACUCAUUGAUCUUGCUGGAUCAGAGAGAGCCCUAGCAACUGAUCAGAGAACACUUAGAUCGCUUGAGGGUGCUAAUAUUAAUCGGUCACUCCUUGCACUGAGCAGCUGCAUCAAUGCUCUUGUUGAGGGUAAAAGGCACAUACCAUACAGAAACUCAAAGCUGACUCAACUCCUCAAGGACUCAUUAGGAGGAACUUGCAACACUAUAAUGAUAGCAAAUAUCAGCCCAAGCAAUCUCUCUUUCGGUGAAACUCAAAACACGCUGCAUUGGGCUGAUCGAGCCAAGGAGAUCCGGACCAAGGCAUGCGAGGCAAAUGCAGAAAUUCAACAGCUUCCAGAAUCUGAAGCUGAUCAGGCCAAGUUAUUACUUGAACUGCAAAAAGAGAAUCGCGAAUUGCGAGUACAGUUAGCUCGUCAGCAACAAAAGCUACUGACUCUCCAGGCACAAUCCCUGGCUGCAAAUGCCUCUCCAACCCCCUCAUCGGUUUCUUCUCUCUUGACUCCUCCAUCUAAUGCCCAACCAAAUGAAAAAAGGAAAACAAGACCUUCCUUUUUAGGUAGGAACUGUUUCACUCCAGAAUCCAGGAGAAAGGUAGCAGAUGAGACGGUUAGAGAGCUUCAACAAAAUGUCAAGGCAUUAGAGGCAGAGAUUGAGAGAAUGAAGAAAGAUCAUGCUUUCCAGUUAAAGCAGAAAGAUGAUCAAAUUCGCGAGCUUUCUCGAAAGAGUGACAAACCAUCAGGAGUUUCAGGAGCAAAGAGGGUAGUCACUAGGGCUAGCUUAAGACCAAAGGAAUCAAACAUUGGUGAACUGAAGAGUCCAAGCCAUCGUUUUCGAUCACCAAUUCCAACUGCGAAGAAACGAAGCUUUUGGGACAUAACAACAGCUAACAGCCCAUCUGUGGCUACACUAAAUGGAAGGAAAACUAGAAGUCAUGUGAUUGUAGAACCUGCAGCAGCUCCGUCCAUGCUUCUUCAGCUUGCAUAUCCAUGUUUCUGGUUUGUGUUCCUUUUUGGACCACACAUCGUCAAUUGCAUCAUUCAGCCAGGUUUUGCUCGUCAAAGACCCUGAUGAUACUUUGAAGUAGCAAUAUAGCAAGACGAGGAAGCAAUACAAAACGAAACCAAAUAAUUGGAAGGUGAUUAAAAAAGAAAAAGCAUGAAGAUAACAGUGUUCAUCAGGUGUGCUUUUUUAUCUGUUCCUGAGACAUCCUCUGCUCGAGCUGGCGGUUUGACAUGGAAGAAACAAUUAUGCUUUGGCAAGUGGUGAUGGUGGUUGAUCAUUGUUUUCCUGUACUAGUCUGUUGUGAUCGACAAAGUCUUACAGAAGAAAUUGUGCUAGUUAUUACGUUCAACUUUUUUUUUUUUUUCUGAAAUUGAUUCCUCCCGUUCAUCAAGUACAUACUCCCAGAAAUGAGUAUUUAUUCAUCCUUUGUCCAACUCUUACUGUAUGGAAAAGAAAUCAUUUAUAUUCCAUGUCACCCUGAAGAAUCAACAUAAAAAAUCAGUUGAUUUAAGUUU